ACACCCUUUAUAAAUUAAUUUAGAUCUAAUAAUUUUUGGCAAGUUUGUCCUCUUGGCUUGUGGUCUUAUUAUGCUCACUUUUCGCUUGUAGAUUUUUUUACAGUAGAGAGAGAGUGCUAUUUUUAGACUAGUGGGUGUGGUUUGCUCCACAUUCCUAGACGUUGCUUCCUGGUUACUAAGCAAUUCUUCUAAUUAUUCUUGGUAGAUGUCUGGAGAGUGAUGUCAACAGUCUAUGAUUUGCUAACUACUGCCGAUACCAUCAGAUCUGCAACUGUAACACCAUUUGAUGUGUUUGUGAGUGCAUUAUGGUCUAAGGCGAUGGUUGAUGGUGCAUUCCGGUAUACACUGGAUGGGACCACUGUCAGGUCACUGGACGAGGGUCAGUACGGGUUCGUUGUACAGAAUAAUCCGAAAAGGUUGACACACAAGCGAGUUCCAGUCGAAAACAGGAAAUUAGUGGAACCGUUUUCUCCCGAUCAAUUUAACUUUAACAAGAUAACAAAUGAAAAGGAGGUCAUUUGUGUUAUUAGAAGAAGAGGAGAUGAGUUUAUUGAUGAACAUUUAGCUGUCAUUAAUGUCAGUCCAAUUGAAGCGAAUCACUUCCUGUUAGUACCAAACCCUAAAGACUGUCUACCACAAGUAAUUACUCAAGACUCUCUGUUACUCUGCCUCCAAUUGAUGUCAUUAUGUGAAAGAAAUGAUACAUGUGUGGUCGCUAACAGUUUGUUGGCUUAUGCUUCAGUGAAUCAUCUCCACUAUCAUUUUAUAAGUAUCAGUUAUCCAUUGCUAGCACACAGACUGGAUGGUAAAGUGUUGGUGGAUGGAGUGUAUGAGUUAACUAAUCAUCCAAUGAAAGGGUUCGGGUUUCAAUGCAAAGAUAAUAAGAAUAAUGAAGAACUAAGUAAAACAGCUAGGUAAGUACACUGUAUAUGGUGACAUGUAUUGAGCAUAAUGAUAUGAGCAUAAUGAUAUGU